AUGGCGACAACUCCCUCUGAUGCGUUCCAGGCCCUCAUGAAGGGAGUAACAAACUGGGAUCUUCCUGAAAGCUUCAUCCCCAGUGAACUCCUUCUUAUUGGGAAGGCCUCCUUCCCCGUGAUGGUGAAUGACAAGGGCCAGGUGCUCAUUGCUGCCUCCUCCUAUGGCCAGGGCCGCCUUGUCGUCGUAUCCCAUGAACGCUACUUGCUGCAUGCUGGCUUGGCUCCAUUUCUUGUCAAUGCAGUGGGCUGGCUCCGUCUCUCCCCUGAGGCUCCCAUUGGGGUGCACCCAUCCCUGGAACCCCUAGUGAACAUCCUGAAGGAUGCCGGGGUGGAGGCACAGACUGUGCCAGAACCUGGAGAGCCCCGGGGUGCUUACUGUAUGGAUGCCUACAAUGACAGCUUGACUGCAAAGCUCAUUCAGUUUGUGAAACAUGGUGGGGGCUUGCUCAUUGGGGGCCAGGCCUGGUAUUGGGCCAGCAAGCAUGGCUGUGACAAGGUGCUGUCCAGUUUCCCUGGGAAUCUGGUGACAAGUGUUGCUGGAGUGUACUUCACUGAUGUCUGUGGGUGUAUAGCCCACUUUGAGGUCUCUACAAAGGUGCCCAACAUCCCAUUCCAUGUCAGGUGUGGAGAGGAUCUCAGCCAGGACCAGCAGCAGAUCCUGGAGGGCUUCACCACACUGGACAAUACAGGAUGUGGAAUACCCUCACGGAUCCUGGUGCAUGGGGAGCUGGCCUUUCCCCUUGCAAUAGAUAAUUCAUCCAGCUGCUUUCUUGCAGCUGCUCGCUAUGGCUGUGGCCGUGUGGUGUUGACAGGCCAUGAGAGUUUGAUCCAUACCCCAAAGAUGGGCCCAUUUAUAUUGAAUGCUUUGCGCUGGCUGUUAGGGAAGAAGAAAGGCAAGAUUGGACUCCAAUCAAUGUUUAAAGGUCUGGGCCCUAUGUUAUCAAAUAGUAAACUGGAGUGGAGAGUGACACAACAUCUCACCAGUGUCUUGAGUGUCUUUUGCUGUUAUGAACUUAACAGCAAGAAUGCGAAGCAGGUAGAGGAAUUUGUGGCUGAAGGUGGAGGAUUGCUGAUUGGUUCACAGGCAUGGUGGUGGAGCUAUAUGCACCCAGAGCGUAACUGCGUGCGUCAGUAUCCCAGUAACGAGUGCCUUCGAAGCUUUGGUCUGACCAUCUUAGAUGAGACAGCCAAUCAAGGCCACUUCCCGGCCCCCAAGCCAGGGGUGACAAUUUACCACUUCCACAGAGCUCUAUCCCAGUUUGAGACCAUGUUGUAUGAAAAGGGGAAGAACUUAGAAAAGAGCUGGGUGGAUGAUUUAAUGCGAGAUUGUUUCGUUAUGUUUCAAAUCCCACAUAAAGACAUCCCCAUCUUUGAGUCUGUGAAGAAUCGUGUUAUUGAAAUGAUCAAACGGAAGGGCUUACCAGUUGCAAAUAGGAGAAAGAGAAUCAAGAAGGGAAGCCCUGAGGCUGUCCUGAUAUCCAUGGCUGGCUCAUUGGUCAAAUCAGGAACUGACAGCAGUCUGGUCCUCUGUGAUCCCCCCUUUUUGCCUCCCACAGAACUUCCCGUCACCAUUGAGAUCAACGAAGGACACUGCAAUUCCCAGGUGAGCACUGGACUCUACUUAUGUGCAGGGCAGACUGCAGAGGUCACACUGCCUGAGAAGGCUCUUGCUGCCAAAUUGAAGAUACUCAUUGGCUGUCACACGGACAACUUAAGCCACCAUGCGGAUUAUUGGCGCCCACCUGUGGUGACACACCAGUACCUCUUAGACCAAGCCCAGAAGCGCAUCUCCUGGCUCUGGGGAGGCCUCCUCUACAUCCUGGUACCCUCUUCCUACAAACUGGGUACGGUACCAGUCACCAUCAGUGGUGCUGUGGCGGCUCCAUACUUCAAGUUGGGUAAGACAUCCCAGGAGGAGUGGAAGAAGCUUAUCGAUAAGAAUGAAGUUCCAUGGGGAGAGCUGGCCACAGACAACAUCAUCCUGACAGCAUCAACGCCAGACCUCCUGAAACUGGAGGACCCCGCGUCUCUGCUCCAUCUCUGGGAUGACAUAAUGCAGGCUGUGGCCCGUCUGGCUGCUAAGCCUUUCCCUUUCUGCAGACCGGAGAGGAUUGUCUUUGAUUGUCAGAUCUCAGCUGGUAUCUUGCAUUCUGGAUACCCUAUCAUGUCCAUAAUGGAAGAAGCACCAAACAUCCUUAAUGAAAAAAAAUUAAGGUCCCGUGGUACAUGGGGUGCCUUGCAUGAGUUAGGCCACAACCAACAAGCGGGUGGAUGGAAUUUCCCUCACCACACCACUGAAGCCACCUGUAAUCUCUGGUCUGUCUAUGUGAAUGAGAUGGUUCUAGGUAUCCACAGGUCUCAUACCCAUUCUGCUCUCUCUCCUGACGGGCGCAAGCAGAGGAUAAAGCACUACCUGGACCAGGGAGCACCCCUGAAAAGCUGGGAAGGAUGGACAGCUCUGGAAACGUACCUUCAGCUCCAGGAGGGCUUUGGCUGGGAGCCAUUCAUUCAGCUUUUUGCUGAGUACCAGAAACUCUCUGGCAUCCCAAGAAACAAUGGUGGCAAGAUGAAUCUGUGGGUGAAGAAGUUCUCUGAAACCGUGAAGAAGAAUUUGGCUCCUUUCUUUAAGGCCUGGGGUUGGCCUGUGACGAAAGAAGUGUCUGAUAGCCUGGCCUGCCUGCCAGAAUGGGAGGAAAAUCCAAUGAAAAAGUACAAAUCUGAUCCUGUGAAAUUAUGUGCAUCUGACCCCACACAGUUAUAUGUAUGUGAUGAGGAAAUGUGUAAAAUUAUAGAAGAACGCUUUCUGGAAAAAGAUCAGUCAUUGGAUUCAACAGAGUAA